AUGUCUCAAUUAGGUGAGGCUCCCACACCUGAUCUUCUGGAGACUGUUGUUGAAGCCAGUUCCUCGGCUUCUAUGAACGGUUCCCAAACCUCCACUGCCGAUACGUUCGACCACCUGAAUACCCGGGAAGAGGACACGAACGUCGAGACAUGUCUUGAGGAGGAAGUUGAAGCUUCUGACAAAACAGUCAACAUUGAGUCUGAUAAAGUCAAAAUUGAUGAUAAUGCUGAAGAAAAGCCCAGCAUUGCCAAGUCGUCUUCGAAUUUGUCGAAGAACAGCAGUGUUGAGCUUGAAGCUGAUCUGCAAAAAGACAACGCUAGCGACAUUGAUACUGAGGGUAACGCCAAACAUGACAAUCCAAUAGUGACCAAGAUUGGAGAUUCUCCGAAUAAUAGCUACGAUCAAGCCUCUUCAGAGCCUCCAACUCCCACUGCUAAUGGAUACAACAACGCAGACCAUCUGGAACAUCACCAAUUUGCGAAUUCUUCGUCGCCUUCCAGAUCGCAGCAAGAAAGUUCAGCGCAAUCUCAUGGAACGUCAACUCGUUUGCGUCAUUCUCACGUUUCACUGGAAACGAGUGCAUUUUUCGAGCUGAUUUUACUGCUGAAGGAGGUGAAAAAGAAUGAGGUUUGGAAAAAUACAAUUCAACAUGCACUUGACAAUCCUUCCGAUAUCGAAGCUAUCUUUGCAGCCUUAAAAGAGACAUGUAAAUUGACUACUCAUGCGUCCACAAAAUCAAAGGCUAUCGAUGGCUUUGUUAAGCUUUUUGAGAUUCAGGAAUUAUCCGAAUCUGCCAUGACGCUGCUUAGUGAGCGGGCUGUUGAUGUGAUAUCCGCAUGCUUUGAGGGCGAGGCAACAGAUUCAAAGGUGGAACUUCAAGUCAUACGGGCGUUGAUGAACUGUAUACUAGGCACGCCAUGCCAUGGUGCCACUCUACUAAAGGCUGUUCGCCAAAUUUAUAACGUCUUUGUGUUUUCAUUGUCCCCCGCCAACCAAGCGGUAGCGCAAGGGCUGUUGACCCAGAUAAUCAAUGCAAUUUAUCAGCGCAUCGACUUGAAUUCUUUAAACUCGCUGGUGCUGGAGUCUCGCCUUGAUCUUGAGUAUACCGACAGUGGCCAAGUUACGCUCGAGAAAAUGGAGCAAUUAAAUUUACUGCGCGAUGAUGAUGAUGUUGAUGGUACGGGUGACGUUGCAAUCAAGGACGCUUACUUAAUUUUCCGAGCCAUGUGUAAGAUUUCGGUCAAGCUGAUUGAAGGUGAUUCCAUUGAUAUGAGGCUGCACUCAGUAAGAUCUAAGCUAUUACUGUUGCACAUUAUUCACACCAUCAUCAAAGAACACAUUGACGUUUUUCUUUCACCGAAGGUUGUCAUCAAUGAGACGCUGACUCGUCUCACAACUCUUGUCAAGCCGUAUAUCUGUUUGCUGCUUUCCAAGAAUGCAGGACUGCCAUUAGCACCAGUUUACGAGCUGUCGCUUGAGAUAUUUUGGCUCAUCAUGUCGAAUAUGAGGUCUUACUUUAAACAGGAAAUCCCGGUUUUCUGGGAGGAGAUCUAUUUUCCAGUAGCGGAAAUGAAGACCAGUACGCCUCAUCAGAAGCAGUACCUCCUUCUGGUGAUUGAACGUAUUUGCAAUGACCUGCGAUGCAUUAUUGAAUUUUACCUUAACUAUGAUUGCGAAAAGGGAAUGCCGAAUAUCUGUGAAAAGAUCGUCGCCUAUUUGUCCAAGUUAGCUAAUACUAUUGUUGAUGUUACGCCACUCCAGCGUCAAGCCUUCUCCGAAUCUAAGCGUAAUGGAAUUGUUCUGUACGACAUGAGUCGCAAUUUGACACUGUCAGCGAUGCUGUCCAAGCCUCCUCAACGUGAAGUUUAUGAUCUUUUCCCCUUAGAAUAUGCCCUCAAAAUGAAUGGAAUUGCUUGUGUGGUUGGGUUUUUGCGAUCCAUUCACACAUGGGCCCACAAAGGCAUAAACAAGGUCUCUAUACGUCGUGAUCGACUGGCCACAAUUGAUCUGUCAGCACUGUCUCUGGGUACGACGCGAAACAAUUCUGUGAUGGCACUCUCCGACCCCGAUGACCCUUCCCACUUCGAGCUGUUGAAACAGCACAAAAAGUUAUUUAAUGAAGGGAUUCGUCAGUUCAACGCAAAAGGUAAGAAAGGUAUCAAAUUUUUCAUUCAGCAUGGCUUCAUCGAUGAUUCACAACCAAAAACUAUUGCCAGGUUUUUAUUAAGUACAGAAGAACUCGAUAAGGCGGAAAUUGGUGAGUAUCUCGGUGAAGGGGACGAAGAAAAUAUAGCAAUCAUGCAUGCGUUUGUGGAUGAGAUGGAUUUCACGAAUAUGCAAUUUGUUGAUGCAUUGCGACAAUUUCUUCAGCUGUUCCGCUUGCCAGGUGAGGCACAAAAGAUUGACCGGUUCAUGUUAAAAUUUGCGGAACGGUAUGUUGUUGGAAAUCCUGAAAUAUUUGCUAAUGCAGAUACCGCAUACGUCUUAGCUUACUCCGUGAUUAUGCUCAACACAGACUUGCACUCACCUCAAAUCAAACUGCGGAUGACUGUCGAGCUGUUCAUUGCGAACAAUGUUGGUAUUGAUGAUGGUCAAAACUUGGAUCCCGAGUUUUUGUCUAAUAUCUAUGAGAUUAUCCGAACCAACGAAAUCAAGCUUCAACUGGAACAACAUGCAGCUUUAUUGGCAGGAGAACUCAAAUUGCCACUGUCACUGUCGCUGGGACUAUUUUUUGGCUCAAGGGACGUCAACAAAGAAGCUUACUUCCAUGCUUAUCGAGAAAUGGCCAACAAAACAGAACAAAUGUUCAAAAAUAUCAAAAGUGAGGGCGAGUUUCAUACUGCCACUCAUGUAUACCAUGUUAAACUGAUUUUUGAUACCGUUUGGAUGAUAAUUUUGCCUGUACUCACGCUGCCACUCAAUACUUACGAUGACUAUGAUAUAUGUCGGACGUGUCUCGAAGGCAUAAAGCUUUCGAUAAAAAUAGCUUGCAUGUUUGACAUUGAUACUGCUCGUGAUGCCUUUUUGAAUGCGUUGAUUUCAGUGCAAAAGUUGUACAACUACGAUGAGAUGAGAAGCAAAUCUGUCGAAGCAAUCCUUGUCAUGCUUGAAGUUGCAGGUAGUGAUGGCAGUGGAUUUCAUUCGCUGUGGAAAACAGUUUUAACUGCAAUCUCUCAAAUUGAGCGUUUGCAACUUAUUGCUCAAGGUGUUGAUCAACAAUUGAUUCCCGAUGUCCUGGCGCUGCGAAUUUCACGUUCACUGUUGGAUUCAGUGGCGUCCCUGGGGUUUUUCUCAAGUUAUACGCCGAGUCAACAAGCUGCAAACAAGUUUCAUAAUCAGCAAUUGAGGCCUGAUGUUGCUGAGUUACUUUCGAAAACUACUAUCCUGACUGCCAUUGAUAGAGUCUUCACCAAUUCGUCAGAGCUUUCGGGUGAAGGUAUUGUGGAAUUCGUAAGAGCCUUGUCGGAGGUGUCGGCUGAGGAGAUAGAACUGAGUGGUCAACUGAACAACCCUCGUACCUUUUCUCUACAAAAGAUUGUGGAUGUAUGCUACUAUAACAUGCUGCGUAUCCGUUUAGAGUGGUCGCAGUUGUGGCAUGUAAUGGGUGAAAUCUUCAACGUAUGCGGCUGUCACUCCAACCCAGCAAUAUCGUUUUUUGCAUUGGAUUCCCUUCGACAGCUUUCGGUGCGAUUUUUUGACAUUGAAGAAUUAGCGAAUUUCAAGUUUCAGAGAGAGUUUUUGAAGCCUUUUGAGUAUGUGAUUUCUCAUAAUCGCUCGGUUGAUGUCAAAGAUAUGGUUUUAGAAUGUAUCAAUGUCAUGGUGCUUGCUAAAGCCUCCCGCAUCAAAUCUGGUUGGAAAACGAUUUUCGGAGUGUUGACUGCUGCAGCUAAGGAGAAGCAUGAACAUAUAGUGAUGCGCGCUUACAAGAUGGCAUUGGCAAUCAAUCAUGACUUUGCUGAGGAAGUACAAAGAGACUCGUUCGUUGAUCUUGUCGGUUGCUUUACUGAGCUUGCAAGAAACGAGCGCUUCCAAAGAAUAUCCUUGUUAGCUUUGGAUGUGCUAAUCAAAUUGAUUCAGGAUUUGUCAUCUGGUUUUGAGAAGCAUGACCCUUCUACCCGCAAGGAGUUGCUUAAUAGACUUUGGCUUCCUGUUUUUUCGGGGCUUCAUAGUAUAAUAAUGGGUGGUGACGAGCUAGAGGUAAGGCUGCGAGCUCUUGCAAAUUUGUUUGAUACGUUAAAGGAAUAUGGUACAAACUUCGACAGCGAAUUUUGGGACCAGAUAAUGGAAAAAGUGUUGUUACCAAUUUUCUCCAUUGUUAACGGUAAUCUUUGGAGCCUUGGUAUAGACGAUGACUCAACUGAUGACAAAGUAUCCGUAUGGUUGCUGACAACCUUCAUUCAGGCGUUAAAUCUGUUGAUAGCGUUGGUGACUCUAUACUUCGAUGCAAUGAGACCUCAUUUGAGAAAGAUAUUGCGAUUACUUGUCCUGUGUGUAUGUCAGGAAAAUGACACUAUUGCGAAGAUCGGAAGAGAAUGUUUUCAUCUGUUAUUAAUUAAUAAUGCCCACGACUUUAACGAGUCUGAGUGGGAAGAAGUUAUGGAUGUGACUCAGCAACUCUUUGAGUACACUACCGCAACUGAGUUGUUCACUUUGGACCCUCUUAAAAGAAAAGCAGCCACUGCUGACGAAGAUGUUGGUGAGGCUUUUCACUCCCAAGUGGAGCUUUCCCUGAAACCUGUGGCUCCCAAAGAAAAACUGUUGAUAGUUGUCAAGUCUGUGUUGCAGUUAUAUAUGCUUCAAAGUCUUUCGGAAUUAUUUGAAAAUGAUGCCUUUUACGAAGCGAUUCCCUACACAUUCCUUGUGAAGUUAGCGAGCUUACUCAAGAAGCUGUACGAGUUUGCUCAUACAUUCAAUGAUGACUACGAUUUGAGAGUUAGAUUGUGGAACGGUGGUGUUAUCGAGAGGUUGCCUAACUUAUUAAAGCAAGAGCUGAGCUCUCUGGCUGUUUUCAUUAACAUCAUGUUUCGAAUGUAUUGCGAUGAUGAAAAAUGUUUGCUAGAACAUAAGGAGGAAAUCUUAAAAGACUUGAUUCCAUUAUGUCAAGAUAUAACCCUAAGGUUCGUGGAGUAUGACGCAAAUUCCCAUCAGCGUUACAUUUCAAUUUGGCAACCUGUCAUAGUUGAAAUUUAUCAAGGCUACAUUGAACUAGAUGAUGAUGAUUUUUUGAAACAUUCACCGAAGAUGUUCAAGAAAACGCUUGAAUUAUUCAAUCGGACUAUUGACGCCGAGCUCCUGCAAGCAGUGAAACAAUUUCUCAAUCGGGUUGGUGAUGAAUUCAUCUCGAAUCAGUGA